CCAGGAAAGAAGGGCCCACCACCAUGUGAAAUUGUAUAAACAGUAAAGUCAUUCAAUACUCCUCUCUGUCUCCUUAAUCUGAGCUGAGCUUACCGCCAUCUGAACUCAGAGCGUGUCUCUCUCAUUCAUUCAUCUUAUGCUUUUUACGUCCCAUCACCCAUUGCCUCCCAUAUCAAUUUUCCUCCUCCUCAUCUUCUUCCUUCCCUCUUCCUUACACCUAAACCUAUACUUAACCCCCCUCCCUUCCUCAACAUUCAAUCCCCAACUAGUUCCACCGAAAAAUCCGUUGAUCUCAUCAUGGAAUCAGCAUCAGGAGGUUCCGGCCCCGGUGCUUCCGAUCCUAACAGCACGGAGGGUCCCUCGGGGAAUACCACCACCUCUGCCCCUCAAGCCGACGGUUCAUCAUCGCCGGCGCCACCAAGCCGGUAUGAGUCGCAGAAGCGACGGGACUGGAACACCUUCUUGCAGUACCUGAGGAACCACAAGCCGCCAUUGACGUUGGCGCGGUGCAGUGGAGCUCACGUGAUCGAGUUCUUGAAGUACUUAGACCAAUUCGGAAAGACCAAGGUCCACAUAGCCGGAUGCCCCUAUUUCGGGCACCCGAACCCGCCAGCGCCCUGCGCGUGCCCGCUGAAGCAGGCGUGGGGCAGCCUCGACGCUCUGAUCGGACGCCUGAGAGCGGCCUACGAGGAGAACGACGGGCGGCCGGAGUCGAACCCGUUCGGGGCGAAAGCCGUAAGAAUUUACCUGAGAGAAGUCAGGGAAGGGCAAGCCAAGGCCAGAGGGAUUCCUUAUGAGAAGAAAAAGCGAAGAAGGGCCACGGUUACCGCAACUAAAGUGGAUAUCAACACAUCCACAGGAAAUACUGGAAAUGGCGGCGACGGCGAGAGUAAAGAUGCCGCUGCCGCUGCUGCCACAAGCGGUGGCGCCGACGGCGGUGACGCCACCGUUAGCGGAGGCGGAUGUGUAGCUGCUGCCCCAGGAACAGGUGCAGGUAGUGCUACUGUUACUGCUACGACAGUAUAGUACCUUAGAUUCGAUCAUUUUGACAAUUUUUUUCUCCACCUUUCGCCACUACGAUCUAUUUUUGGUUUUAAGGAAAUCAAUUGUGAUUAAGGCUUUAUAUAAGUCUAAGUCACAUGCUAUUGGCGAUCUUCUCAGGAAUCGACCCCAUCAUAAAAAUUAACCUAGUGGAACUAUAUGUGCAUAUUUGCAUAUACAUAAAUGUAUAGCACUCUUGUUGAUUACUAGGUCAAUGACCAACUGUUUGCCUUUUCUUUC